GCACUGGAUGCCCGUGUACUGGACCUGGAACAGGCUGUCCUAGGACCAGAUGCUGGGGCUUCCAGCAGUGGAGGAACGCGUUGACCACGUAGUGGCAAUGCUAGGAGACAUAAGUGCCUUCACAGAGCCGGCCACCAUCAGCCAGCGGUUCGAGUUGCUGGACACUAAGAUCAGUUUGCAACAGCCGACGGACCACAGCCACAACAGCAGCUCGGCAAGGCCAUACAAGAUGCCGACCUUCCGGAUCGAGAAAUUUGAUGACUACACACAUCAAGACCCGGUUGUCUGGCGGCAAGGAUUUACAACGGAGUUGGGGAUCCACGAGGUCCCUAACCAUCUGUUCAUCAGUGCUCUAUUCAUCAACACCAAGGGAGGAUGUCAGAUCCGGCUCAGCCACAUGGCAACCAUCUACAGCGUCCAGGUUUCAGACCUGCAUAAGAAGGUCACCUGGGAGGAUAUGGCAAAGGAAUGGAAGAAGCGGUUCAUAGUGGAUGGCGCACCCGCGCUCGCCAUCAACCGCAUCUUCGCGAUGCUCAAGGGAGCACACCGACACGUGACUGGCUCACGGAUGGGCAGAAGAUCGUCAUGCGCCGCUCUCAGCCUCGCACUUGGUGAUCGCGAGCAGUACAACACUUUCGCAGAGAUCAUCAACAAGGCAAGAGAGAUCAUCAAGACCAACAGGGCGGCCGCACACGAGAAGUCAACGUGGCAGCCAACCUAUGUGGAGAAGGUACGAACUGGUCUGCGACAGCAGCAGUUCGCUGCAGUCCAAUCGGACAGUGGAGAAGACCCAGCAGCCACUCCAGCAUCACGUGAGGGAGGUCAGGUGGCUGCUGUCCAGCCGCGAAGCAACAAGCCCAGAGUGAACGGGAAGGCGAAACCAGCAUUGCAGGCCGGAAACGGACAGCCAGCACCACCAUGGGUCAAGUUCGGCUUGACCGAGGCCGAGUACAAGUACCGCAACCACUGCUGUUACGGGUGCAACAACACCAAGCACAAGACCUUCAUUUGCCAAGAUCAGGCCAAGGAGGAUGUGCGGCCUCCUGCCACGUGGUAUCCGCCGCAAGCAUGCGAGAUCAUCCUCGAGGACGGGGCCGUGCCUCCGCGCGGUGGCAUGUACCGAAUGAGCGAGGAAGAGUUAAGUGUGCUCCGUGCACAACUCAACGAUCUUCUAGAGAAAGGCUGGAUUCGGCCUAGCUCAUCGCCAUACGGUGCUCCUGUUCUCUUCGUCCGGAAGAAGAACAAGGACCUACUGUUGUGCAUCGAUUAUCGCAAGCUCAACGCGCAGACGAUCAGGAACGCCGGCCCUCUCCCAUGCAUCGACGAUCUUCUCGAGCGACUGGGCGGCGCCAAGUUCUUCUCCAAGCUCGAUCUCAAGUCGGGAUAUCACCAACUCGAGAUUCGCAAGGAGGAUCGCUACAAGACCGCGUUUAAGACGCGAUAUGGGCAUUUCGAAUGGCUGGUCAUGCCAUUUGGCCUUCCGAAUGCCCCAACCAAUUUCCAAGCGGCUAGGAAAACAGAGUUCCGACACAUGCUCGAUCGUUACGUACUUAUCCACCUCGACGACAUCCUGGUAUACAGCCGGAGUUUGGAGGAGCAUGUGGAACACCUGCGCACCGUUUUGGAGCGGCUACGUCAAGCCAAGUACAAAGCCAACCGCGACAAGUGCGAAUUCGCGCGGCAGGAGCUGGAGUACUUGGGACACUAUGUGACGCCGCAAGGCAUCCGUCCGCUUGCGGACAAGAUCGAGGCCCUACGAGUAUGGCCCGAGCCCACCAACACCACGGACGUUCGUUCAUUCAUGGGGUUGGCGGGCUACUAUCAGCGAUUCAUCACCGGAUACUCCAGGAUUGCUGCACCUAUGACGAGGUUACAGUCGCCAAAGGUGCCAUUCGUCUUCGAUGACGACACGCGCUAGUUCACAUGGGUUAUGGACAACAAUCCAUUGACCUACUACAAGACACAGGAUACGGUGAGCAGCACGAUCGGAAGAUGGAUGUACUUCAUCGACCAAUUUGACUUCACACCGAAACAUCUACCUGGCCUCUCAAAUCACGCAGCAGAUGCACUCUCGCGAAGACCCGAUCUUUGCGCUAUGACACAUCAUGCCUUCGCAUUCGACGAGGAGCUUCAGCGACACUUCAUCCGGGCAUAUGAGUCUGAUCCGGACUUCGCCACGCUGUACGCACAACUAUCUUCGGAUCACCCGCUGGCCAGCCACCAUCGCAUCGCCGACGGAUACUUGCUCCUCCACUCGAGAGGCAAGGACUUAUUGUGUGUCCCACGCGAUCGUCGUCUUCGGACUCGCCUCCUCGGCGAGUAUCAUGAUUCACGACUCGCCGGCCAUUUCGGAGUCAACCGCACUAUUGCACGGCUUCGACAACGAUUCCGAUGGCCCGACCUCAUUACCGAUGUCACUCGGUAUUGCGACUCGUGCGAAGUUUGCCGACGCAGCAAACCCGGCAACCGCAAUCCUUAUGGCGAGUUACACUCGAUGCCUAUCCCACGCGAACCCGGUCUCUCCAUUGCCAUGGACGUCACCGGUCCGUUUCCUCGCGACCAACUCGGGCACGACGGCAUCCUCACGGUUGUGGACCGAUUGAAAGCCUUGCCUCUUGCGCUCCAUCUACAGGCAACUGGGGGAAGGAACUUUUUGGGCCCAGGUGGUACUAAGAAGUGGGACCCGCUUAGUGUUAGCAGUGGGCUUAUCUCGUGUCCAGAGACUGUCUUUAUUGCACCUCACCAGUCAACCGAUUGCAGGUUACGGCCCUCUAGUGCCAACUGUUGCUGCUUGAGAAGCAGCAACAGGCAUUAUGCGAGAACUCUUAGGAAGCAUCAGCCGGUCAAGGCACUAUUUCUGGGCCAAGUAGUGGUUAAAGACAGGGACCUGCAGAUCCCUGUCUUUAACCCCUAUUACUGGGCCAAGCAGGAGUUAGAGACAGGGACCCUUGAGGCAAGGGUUAACAACAGGGACUUGAAAAGGACGAAACCCCAUGUGUAUGGGGCGCUAUCCUCACAAACAGGUCAGUUUCCCACAUCGUUCUCGCAAACAGGUCAGUUUCCUGCGUCGUUCUCGCCGACAGGUCAGUUUCCCUCGUCAUUGUUACUAUGUCGUUCAUACUUCAGCAAAGGGUUAUCGUCGUGUGACCCUUGGAAGAAAUUGAAAGUGUUCUUCACAGGGCCGUAUUCACUCACCAGUAGAUUGGGGAGGAGGCAUGUGGGGUUUCGACGUCAUUUGCUGUAUGGGACGCGGCAUGUGGGGUUUCAACGUCACUUGCUGUAUGCUAGCCUAGGGGAUUCUGCACCAGCGGGAUCUGGUGAUGACACAGUGCCAGUAAGGCUGGAUGAUGUUGCAUCUCCGUUGCCGGAAGAGGACUUGAGAGAUGAUGAUGUAUUACCAGAAAGUCUUGAAGGUGCAGUCUUACAGUCUAGUCAGGCUGUCGCGGAGGUUUUCUCUGCUGGUGGCCAGCGUGCUCUGGUGGAAUACCUGAUUCCAGAGCUGGAAAGUUUUGAAGAGGAUGGAGCACAGAUUCAGCUGUGGGAACUGUCGCGGCUGUUUCUGAAUGCGUUGCAAAUGUGUCUAGGUGUGCAACACCUCAGAGCUAUCUUCCCUGAUGCUGGUUCGGCGGCUCUACUGAGCUAUAGAUGGAAAGAGAGGGCGUCCUUUCAAAUUUCCAGUCUGAAUGACAGGAUGCCUGUUUCUGAUGAUGACGAGGUGGUUGUGAUGAUUGCCCCAGAUUACCAGCUCCUUGACAUUGUCAUGAAGAUUGCUGCAUCUUUGAAUGAUAGCGGCGAAGACGGUGGGGCGCAGUCAAAGCUAAAGCCACUUGUCAUAUGGAAUGCCCAGUUGACAAGUGGCGACAUUGGGCUGGGCUUGACAGCGAGACGCAUGCGUGAUGAAUUCCUUGGCUCAUUCGCAACUGCGUACUCGAUGCGCCCCCUCCCUGUGGGUUGUGUCUUUAGGUGCUACCCCAGACCUUGGCAGGUGUUUAUCGAUGACUCAGAAGCUCCGGGGCGGUAUGUUCUUCUCGAGGAGCAGAACUCAAAGCCAGAGCCUGACGAUCUCGAUACAAUUUUUAUGACCGCCAUGCAGGGAGGAGGAUCGGAGAAGAAUGUGGCACCCUCUGCAGCAACACAAGCAAUGGGACUGCUUGCCUCUCUUCAGAGGUUUAUGAGGGCACUGUCACGGUAGCAGCGGGGCAACGAUCAGCUGCCACUUGGCACAUCAAGGUUGGAAUUGUUCUUGCCACGGCAGUUUUGCUUUUUUCAAGGCACGCAGCACACGCAUAAACUGCCCAAUCCGGAUAUAGGGAGGUAGUCACAAUAAAUAACAAUACUGGGCUCUUUCCAGUCCGGUAAUUGGAACGAGAAAACAGUCGUAAACUCCUUUAAAGGGAAAAACAAAAAGAAAAGAAAACUGCACUGUCUGUAUGACAUUCCGUUCAGCAGGCAGGCAUUCUAGUAGCCAUUGUUGCAUCAGUAUCAUCACCAUCAUCAUCAUUAUCGGUGUUACUCCCUGAGCAGUUGUGCAAGCCUUGACAACUGUUGAAAGGCAGCACAUGUAGGCAUUUACUUGUUUAUUUAUGUACUGAUUUUACUUAUUUAAAUGUUUAUUUAUAUAUUUUCCCUACAGCAAGUCCUCGGGAUGAGAUGGGGGACUGGUUUCCUGGUUUGCAGACAUAUUUGGCAUGUCAGUUCUGCGCCUGCAAUUUCUACUUUGCUCGGUUGCGUGUGGGGUGUUUGCAUUUCUCAGUAUGAGAGUAAGAAAUAGCUCAUGCACAACCUUUGUGCAUAUGUCAAGACUGAACUCAUGAUUCAUCAGACAUUUUUUAAGUUUUCACGUUGGAGAGAUUUGGGGAGAUUUCAGAUUUGUAGAUUUUCGCUGCGGAGAAGUUUGGGGAUAUAGGCUCAGUCACGAGGGCGAAACGGUCAAUGUAAUGGAGAGUGUUGUUCACCGCCUAGCAAAUCAAUGCUUCUAGGGAACUCGCUCUGAUGGAUAUAGCGCUGAGAGAAAAAAGAGCUGGAUUCAUGGCUAGAGCGAGCAAUGCCUUGUAUCGGAUUCAUUUCUGCUCCCUAGGUGGGAGAUUCUCUUUUGGAUCUGUUUGGUUCAUCAGCACAGUCGUGCAAGCUUUUGGAAGUAAACGAAGCUUCCGUCA